UUUAGUUGAGUGCGCUUUUUUUUAGUUUUCUGUAAACAAUUAAAGUUUUUUAAUUAAAUUUUAAUAAAAUGGAUCCACCAUUAGCUUUAUCAUUAGAGGAAAUACGAAAAUAUAUGUUAUUAAAUAAUUGUAAAGUAACAAAUCAUGCUUUAGUUAAGCAUUUUCGUAAAUUUCUAACAAAUCCUGAUUCACAAGAAGAAGCAAGAAAAUUAUUCAAAUCUUAUGUUAAUAUAUUGGCAACUAUGAAAAGUGAAAAUAAUGAAAAAUUUUUGGUUUUACGUAAAAAAUAUUUACAUGAAUGUCCGCCUGAAGAUAUUGUUAAUAAAACAAUUGAUUGUCCAAGUCCAGCAAGUCCUGGUAAUUCAUCAAUAUCAUCAGAAAAUUUUUCAUCACCAUUUCGUCAACCUCCACCAUAUAAACCACCACCAGAGGUCUCACCAAAUAUUUCUGGUUUACCAAAAGUUGUACAACCAACGUUACAACAACAAAAUGUUCCAAUUUCAUUUGGUAUUGGUGUACCAAAAGAAAUGACAUCAAAUUAUCGUGAAUGUGUUAAUGAAUUUGCUGCAGCUGUACGUAGAAUUGAUCCAAAUCGUAUACAAGAAACAGUAUCUUCAAUUCCAAUAACAUCAGAUGAAUCAUUACAUUCAAAUGAUGUUCUUAUGCAAGAACAAGAACAUCAAUUGCAACAGCAACCACCAAUUUUACCACCACGUAAACGUACAAGUAUUGAUCAAAAUAGUAUUGGUUCAUUAUCACGUGAAAAUUCUCAUGAAGAAAAUAAAGAAAAUGUUGAUGAUAAAGGAAAUUUACCAGAAAAGAAUAAUAAUAUUGGUCAACGAUCUAAUAAUGAAAUUGAUAAUAAGCUAACUGAAAGUGAAAAUCAAAUAAGUGUUAAAGAAGCUACUAGAAAAUUUAAUAGAAUGGCAUCAGAAGAAGAAGCUAAAGUUGUAUCUCCACCAUCAAAAAAGAAACCGGAAAAGACUGUCGAAGAAACACCUGAAGUGACUCUUGCACAUCCAAAAGCAAAAGAAUGGCUUGUAUCAGCUGCAAAAGCAAAUUAUCAAGAAUUAGCAAAAUUACUUGCUGAUCAUCCAGAAUUAGUACGUUUACAGAACUUAAAUUACAAUCGGAGUGAAACAAAAAUUCUAAUGAGAUUUGGCUGUUUGUCUUUUAUCUCAGCUGCAAUGUGUGUCUGUUUGGCUGUCGGUCUAUCUGUUUUACCAUCAUCUUUAGCAAAUAAAGUUUUAACAUAG